CAAUAGGUAUCUCAUCUCAUUAGUAGUGGUAGGUUGCUUUUGUACAUUAACUUAAAGAGUUCUUUAUGCUAAUCAACUUUUCCAUAAUUAAUUAGUGCAAUCACUGCACAUCACACACACAAAAUUUUUUAUGUAUAUAUAACAAUUGCCCUUUUGGCCUAUUUGUGUUUUUUGGUUUGUUGCUUUUACUUGAGUAUGUUUUGACACCCUUUUCUUACUCCAUUUUCACACAAACACACACUUGGUCAUAAUUGUGGAAUGCAGCUUUUCUGCAACACUUCAAUUCAAUGUCCCUUUAAUGUCUCAUUCAAUGCUUGAAUAUUCAUCAAGAACCCAACUUUGAAGGCAGCUUUUCCUUGAUUGCAGCUCUCUGCAGGCCAAGAUUUUUCCUUUCUUCGGUCAGCUACAAGAUUCAGAAGUGAACCCAGAAGUCUUUUGUUCAGCAAACGCAGGUUAGAAACUGCUUUUAAUCAGCUCAAGUUUGUAUCUUUGCACUAGAUUUGAACAGGGCCCAUCUCAAUUUCAUUGCUGUUUCAUUUGUUCAAGCUUAGAAGGGGCAAAAUGGAGACAGAUAGCGGCGAUACGCAGUCUAAGUUGGAAGAUUAUGAAGUGAUAGAGCAGAUUGGUAGAGGAGCUUUCGGGACAACAUUUAUUGUUUUGCAUAAAACUGAGAACAAGAAGUAUGUUUUGAAGAAAAUUCGUUUGGAGAAGCAGACUGAGAAGUUCAAACUCACAGCCCAUCAGGAGGUAAUGUGAUGUGUUCCUGCAGUUUCUAUUUGCAAAACAUCUAAGAUAAGAGUUUUCUUGUUGAGAAAUUUACUGUUUUCUGUGAGAAAUCUAGGAUGUGUUCAACUGUUUCAUUAGGUUUGAUACUUUGUUUCAUUAUCACACUCAUCUUUUGCACGUAAAGUCGUGAGUUUCAUGGAGUAAAAUAUGAAUGAUUUGGAAGCACCAGAAUUUAGUGGGGAGAUUCAGCUUAGGUGUAGGAUUUCUGUGGAAAAUGUGCCUUGCUUUGGAUGAUUCGGCAUGAUUUAAGACUUGUGCGAGAUCCUGCGUGUUUGAUCCUUUUGUUAAGACUUGUGCGAAAUCUAUUGAGCUUUUUUUUAACAAAAACAUAAAAAAUAAAAAAAUUUCUUACUACUCUAUGCAUGAGAAGUUACAUGCUCUUUGAUAUGUCAUUUGAGCUAAGCUCUUGAGAUUUUUGCCGUACAACCCUUCUUCUAAUUAACUGGUCAGAAAUGAACCUUUUUUCAACUUGAUUGAGGUCUUUUUAAUUUAAUUUGAUCAGGCCAAACCAAACCUUGACUGAAACUGGAAAACUGAACCUGAAUUUCAUUUCGGACGUGUCUGAUAUAUUAAUGACUACCUACAUAUUUGUGAGAUUUUUCUUAUAUGGGUUAAAGAUAAUUCAGUAUGAACUUGUUUACAGAUGAAUUUGAUUUCUAAAUUGAGCCACCCCUACAUUGUGGAGUACAAAGAUGCUUGGGUUGAUAAGGAUUGUGUAUGCAUUGUCACCAACUACUGUGAAGGUGGAGACAUGGCUGGGAUUUUGAGGAAAGCUAGAGGAGCACUUUUCCCAGAGGAGAAAGUCUGCAAAUGGUUGACUCAGUUAUUACUGGCUUUGGACUAUUUACAUUCUCAUCGUGUCCUGCACAGGGAUCUCAAGUUAUCAAACAUAUUUCUAACAAAGGAGAAUGACAUCCGUGUUGGUGAUUUUGGAUUGGCAAAAAUACUUGAUGAAGGGGGCUUAACUUCCUCGGUAGUUGGAACCCCGACCUACAUGUGCCCAGAACUCCUUGCUGAUAUCCCUUACGGUUACAAAUCAGAUAUUUGGUCUCUUGGUUGCUGUAUGUUUGAGAUUGCUGCCCAUCAAGCUGCAUUUAGAGCUCCUGACAUGACUGGACUUAUUAACAAGAUCAACAGAUGUUGCCUAUCUCCACUACCUGUUGUGUACUCCUCGUCCCUGAAACAGAUCAUUAAAACCAUGCUAAGGAAAAGUCCAGAACAUAGACCAACUGCUGCAGAGUUGUUAAGACAUGCCCACCUGCAACCAUACAUCCUUCGUUGUCACAACCCCUCUUCUGUCUUUCUUCCAAUUAAAUCCCCAAAUACCACUAAAGAGAAAGGUACAAAAUCCUCACCUAGAAGAGCAAGCAGUGGCAAAGAGCAUGAGGACAGAGUCUCUAAACUGAGAGAACGACGUGUUCUGCCAUUUGAUGAACAUGCUGAACCUCAGCCAAGAAAUCUUGGAGAUAAUAGAAAACCAAUAAAUGACAAACCUGAGACCAAGAGAAUUGAUCGUACUAGCUGUUCCACUAAGCACUCCCAUGAUACUGAUGAUUCAAGAAGUGGAGAUACAAGUUGUGAAACCAUCAUUUGCAAUGGUGAUUAUCAGGAUCAUUCGGAUUCAUCAUCUCAGAAGGAAAGUGUUCAGACUGGGCACUCGUCAUGGUUGUUAUCAAAUUCUCAUCCUGAAGAGCAAGAAAAAUCUUCACCUGAUGAUAUCUUGCAGUUUGAAGAGCUUGACAUGAAUGUUGGAAGAAUAGAAGAUUGGGAAACACUGGACAGUCAACCUGCCAACGAGGAGCCUCUGAAAAAGUUAGAGGACCCUAGUUUUGAUAUGAAUGGUUACAGUGCUGCCCAUAGUGACAAAGCUGCAUCACUAGACAAGGAAGAGAUAUUGACAACAGAAACUCCGCCAGAUGUAGCAGAUGCGGAACCAGGCUGUGAUAUAGAGAAAGUUGAAGUCACUACUGAGAGUGUUGCGCCUUUUGACAAAGUAACGACUGAGGGUCAUGACACACUUUCAUGUAAGCCUGAACUAGAACUUCCGAAAAAUAUAAUCGAGGACAUCAAAAAGCCUGAGAAAGGCGAAACUGAAGCAAUGUAUCAAGCAUCCGAUGACAUGUCGCUGCUUAAGUCUUUUGCUGCAAACGGCAUUCGUGAGAGCAAGAACCAAUGGGAUAAUCCUAGCCAACAAAGAGCUGAUGCAUUAGAAUCUCUGCUUGAGCUUUGUGCGCGGCUGCUCAAACAAAACAAGCUGGACGAGCUCGCUGGUGUUCUGAAACCAUUUGGCGAAGAUGCAGUUUCGUCAAGGGAAACAGCAAUUUGGUUGACGAAAAGCCUAAUGAACGCGCAGAAAUUAGCUAAGGGUGCCUGAUGGGUUAACAACAGGUGAUAGAAACUAGAGUUUGAAAACCAUUAAGUUAUUGUAAAGUUUUUCUUUUUUUCUUUUUCUACAAAAAAGGGUGGCUUGUGGUUGUGGACUUCUGCUGAGAUGUAUUGUGCUUCUUCGAAAGUGUUGAUUGAUUGCUUUUUGAAGAUUGGAUUUGAAGAGGUUUUCCCCUCAUGUGGUUUUGGUGGUACGAGAUUUUUGACUAUGGAGCUUUCAACCUUUUUACAUCAGCUCCAUGGUUUAACUAUAUUGUACUAAACCUUGAUUUAUAUAUACUUUUGACAGCGUUAUGUAUAUUUUCAGUUCGUUUUUGAGUAUGGACAAAUUGAACUUAGUGGACAUUAAUUUUGCUACAAUUUGAUUUGUAAGUGGUGAAAUCUAAUGGUCAUGACUCAUGAUGUUUAUGGUCGUGUUUUGAUUGUUUUUCCUUAAUCACUUUUGGUCGCUACAAGGAUACGUAUUAGUGGCAAAAUCCCACAUCGGUGCUUUGUAACACAGCAAACUUCCUUAUUAGCCUGCUUAAUGGUCG